AGCUGUAUCAUAAUUGGCUGCGUUAACUUAUUGACUGUAUAAUCAUUGAGUUAGUUAAUACCAUUAUUCGGUAGCUUUUUCCAGUCGAGUGCAAACACUGAAUUGGCGAUCAUCGAGCGUUCAUCAAUAGCCAUCAGUCGACCCGAGUGCUUUGUGCUAAACACUUGUCAUCGGAAACCUGUGAUUGCAUCGUAGAAUAUAUAAUAUAUAGAAUGGAUAACUAUGGUUUCGUUAAUGAUGAGGUGAAGACGGAGACGAUGGAUGUCGGGAACGUAGCUGUGUAUACAACUACAUUAGCGAAUUUUUCAACUUUCCCUGCGCACGCGACCAGUUCGCUGACCUAUUUAGACACCCUUCUGCCCCUCGACAGCAUGGACGACAUCGAAAUGAAAGACGUCCAACUCCAGUUCCCAAGUGCUCACCGCUUCAGCGAGAACUCCUGCCAGGAGCUCCGUGUCCACACUGACCGCGGUGACAUCAUGGUGGCGGUGCAGGGAGACCGCGCCAAACCAGCCAUCCUCACCUACCAUGAUAUCGGCUUGAACUAUACGAGCUUCCAGUCGUUCUUCAACUACGUGGACAUGCGCGCACUCCUCGAGAACUUCUGCGUGUACCACGUGAACGCCCCGGGUCAGGAGGAGGGCGCGCCGACCCUGCCUGAGGACUACGUUUACCCAACCAUGGAGGAUUUGUCGAAUCAAAUCAACUACGUGAUGGUCCACUUUGGUAUCAAGAGCUUCAUCGGCUUCGGCGUUGGCGUGGGAGCCAACAUACUAGCGAGAUUCGCACUCACCAACCCUGAGAAAGUGGAUGCCCUGGCGCUGAUCAACUGCUCGUCGACGCAGGCAGGUUGGAUCGAGUGGGCCUCGCACAAGAUGAAUUCUCGAGCGCUCCGAUCCCGCGGGAUGACACCCGCCGUCGUCGACUACCUCAUGUGGUACCACUUCGGCAGGUGCCCGGAGGAGCGCAACCCGGACCUGGCGCAGCUGUACCGCGCCUACUUCCGCCGGCACGUGAACGCCGGCAACCUCGCGCUGCUGGUGGACAGCUACGCGCGCCGCGCCGACCUCGGCAUCGCGCGCGACGCCGCCUCCAUACGAGCGCCCGUGCUCAACCUCACCGCCGCGCUGUCGCCGCACGUCGACCAGACCGUCGCCUUCAACGCGCGCCUGUACCCCGCCAACUCCACCUGGAUGAAGAUCUCGGACUGCGCCAUGGUGCUGGAGGAGCAACCGGCCAAGAUCUCUGAGGCUUUCCGUUUGUUCCUGCAGGGCGAGGGCUACGUGGCGCCACUGUCGCCGACGAAGAUCGUCGCGUUCCGACGGCUGUCGGACGCGGGCCGACGUCGCGCUUGCCGACACUCGCCCGUCAUCCGCAUCACCGAGAACCCCAUCUCCGAGGCCGUCGUCUGCUAA